AUGGGAGGGUGUUCAUUUGAACAUAACUGUGAUUUUCACUCUUCUGCUCGAACCAUUGUGUUAGUUGGUUGUGCUGGAAAUGGAAAGAGUGCAACUGGUAAUAGUAUUUUAGGGAAAAAGGCUUUCUUAUCAAAGUCCAAACUGAAGGGUGUGACACAAACUUGCGCCCUCGAUAAGACUACUUUAGAAGAUGGACGGAUUCUUAAUGUCAUCGAUACACCAGGUGGGUUAUUUUGUUAUGCAUCUGAUGAAAAAUCUCUUGGGGAGGAGAUUGCUAAAUGCAUAGCAUUGGCUAAAGACGGUGUUCAUGCGAUCCUCAUGGUCGUUUCGCUGAAGAAUCGAUUCACUGAUGAACAAGGAGAAGCUGUUAAGAAUCUCCAAAUGUUUUUUGGGAAUAAGAUUAACGAUUAUAUGAUUGUCGCUUUUACACAUGGGGAUGACCUUGAGGACGAUGAAACAAUUGAUGACCGCUUAGCUGACAGCCCAGAUGCUUUAAAGGAAUUGCUGCGUAAGUGCGGAGAAAGAUGGGUGGUCUUCAAUAACAGAACGAAGGAUAAAGGUGAAAAGGCCAGGCAGAUUCAGCAGCUUUUAGCUCUCAUUGACGAAGAAAUUGGGUUAAGAAAUGGUGGCAAACCUUAUACGAACGAGUUAUUCUUGGAAUAUAAGAUAAUUUCGAAACUUACCGAGCUUCAGCUGACAACAAGUAGACUUGAAGAGAAAUUGGCAAAAUCCGAGGAGGAGAUUUGUAAGUUAAGAGAGGAGUUGGACUCAGAAAAAGCCAAAAACGAGAGCAACAGCAGUUGCACAAUCUUGUAG